ACACCAAAUCUACGCAGAAAUCUUUUAAAUAUCACAAGCCUCGUAGUUUUAUUCUACAUGGUUUUCUAGGUAACCGAAUUCCAGGAGGUGCGUGGCAGUGCCACCCACGCCUCCUGGCCAUGCCCAGCGGGAAGGUGUUCUCUCAACGUUGCUGACGCCCGAUUUCAACCACGAGGAGACUGUGGACCUCGACGGCGGCCCGCAGCAGGGCCCGUCCGCCUCACUCCACCCUCUGAGGCUGGGGCGGAGUCGAGCGGCCGGCUCUGAGACCCUUCGCCUUCCCCGCGGAGCAAGGCCCCGGAAGCCGCGGGGCUUACAUAACCCGGAUGAUGUUAGGGCGGGCGACUCUCGGGAGGGCGGGACCAGGGCGGAGGCGCCGGGGGCGCGGCGGGGCUCGGCGUGCGGCGCGCCCGGCAUGUCCCUGUACCGCAGCGCCGUGUGGUUCGUCAAGGGGCUGCGCGAGUACACCAAGAGUGGCUAUGAAUCUGCAUCUAAGGACUUUGUCCCUAAUGACUUGGAGGUCCAGGUUCCUGGAAGAGUCUUUUUGGUUACUGGAGGAAACAGCGGCAUUGGCAAAGCAACUGCCCUUGAAAUAGCCAAGCGAGGUGGCACAGUUCACCUGGUUUGUCGAGAUCAAGCCCGAGCAGAAGAUGCCAGAAGUGAGAUCAUCCGGGAGAGUGGUAACCAGAAUAUUUUUCUGCACAUUGUGGACUUGUCUGAUCCCAAGCAAAUCUGGAAAUUUGUUGAAAAAUUCAAGCAGGAACAUAAACUCAAUGUUCUGAUCAAUAAUGCAGGUUGCAUGAUCAAUAAAAGAGAACUCACAGAAGAUGGACUUGAAAAAAACUUUGCUACUAAUACUCUGGGUGUAUACAUUCUCACGACCAGCCUGAUCCCUGUGCUGGAGAAAGAACACGACCCCCGAGUGAUAACCGUCUCCUCAGGAGGAAUGUUGGUUCAGAAACUGAACACUGAUGAUCUCCAGUCUGAAAGAACACCGUUUGAUGGAACUAUGGUCUAUGCACAAAACAAGGUCAAUGACAGGCAGCAAGUGGUUCUGACGGAGCAGUGGGCCCAAGGGCACCCGGCCAUCCAUUUUUCUUCCAUGCAUCCUGGCUGGGCCAACACCCCAGGUGUGAGGCAGGCGAUGCCGGGGUUCCAUGCCAGGUUCAGGGACCGCCUGCGCUCCGAGGCCCAGGGCGCCGACACAGUGCUGUGGCUGGCCCUCUCCUCCGCUGCAGCCGCGCAGCCCAGUGGCUGCUUCUUUCAAGAUCGGAAACCAGUCUCUACACACUUGCCUCUCGCUAGAACGUUCUCCUCACCGGCUGAAGAAGAGAAACUCAUUGAAAUCCUAGAACAGCUGGCUCAGACAUUUAAAUAGGCCAACCCAGAUGCAAUGUGGUAUCAGAAUUGCCUUAGAAAGUACCAGAAGGUGUGGUCUAGGGACCAGUGAACAGACCCCACUUCAACUUCCCCUUGAAGAUGUUGUGCCUUACAGUGAGGAGCCUACAAGGUAUGGGAACUUUUGUUUCAAAAUAAAUCCUACUGGGGCUGUGAUUAGGCUCACCCUGAACUCCUGCAGUAGGCUCUUUUCUUGUUUAAGUCUCUCAUUUAUUUGAAAAUGUAGUUUUCUAAAGAAUUUGCAGUUUGAGAUGAGCCACCAUUGUCAGUCUGAGGGGAGGCAGGGGUGGAGGUAGCAGGAAUGCCCCGCUGUGGACUGUGCUUCCCCUCCCUUUCUCAGAUCCUCAGUGUCAGAGGCUGGUAUUGGGCCCCCCUGCAGGAGAGGGCUGGGCACUGCCUUUGCUGUUCAUGGUCCCAGGAGCACAGCAUAACCAAGGGACAAUGUGUAUUUACAUACACCAUUUACAUGAGGCCUAGUUUACAUUUGCUUAAGAUUAGGAGUGGCUUCUGUAAUGCAUCUGGCAUUCUGGAACUAUACUGUGAUAAAACCUCUAAUUUGUAGCAUUUUACCUCUUAGUGACUCCAGGGAAAGCUGUAACAAAACCAAUGAGCAGAUUUAGAAUAUAUCUACAUAGAUUCUUGGUGUCCAUGGUGGAAUAAACAUAACUCAUACCCCAGAGGAAAACUUAGAUGGCCGCAGCUUCUUGGUGGUCCUUGAGCCCUGGAUGGAAGUGUCUCAUCAGCCAAGGACCCCAAGGAAGGGAUUGUUGUGGAUGUGCCAGCCUGAAACAUCAACAUCGGCGUCUUUCUGACAAAAGGUGGUGCUAUCAAGCACGCACCAGCUCCAUUUAACUGCAUGCCUCCUUUUCUGCAGGAGGAAGAUGGGCCUCAGCAGUGCUGGGUGUGGGCAAGGCUGUGCUGGCAGCACCAGGACAGGGCAACUCAGCCACCCCCUCAACGGUGAUUCCAUAACAGGCAGGUCACUUGGUAUCUUUGUACCUAUUUUUCUUCUCCAUAAAAUGAACCCCACAAGUUUUAAAAGAGGCUUUCUCUGGCAGUGUUUGCCCUGAAGUCCUCAUUUGGAAAGUUUACUAAACGCAGGAAAAAGCCGAUUUACAUGACAAAGAAAAAGGGCUCCCUGGCCACAGCCCGUAUAUGUGCUUAGACUGUGGUGAAUGGGCCCAAAUUCACCUUUAGACGGCAGCUCUCCCUGGUGUUUAGACCAGAUGGAGUGGUCGGAAGCCCCCUUCCCACCAAAUGGACAGAACCCGUGUGGCUAAAGAGCACAGCAAGGUUGUCAGUGUGUGUGUGGCCGCAUGGAACAGUGAUGGGACCACAGCUGCAGAAAGGUUUUCACAGACAUGUAUUUUAAACCAUGGAGGCAACUCCACACUGAGAGUUGUACGUUGGUAACAGCUACACGUAUAUUUUGGUUAGAAGGAAGCACAGCGGGAAAGUGAGCGGAAUAAAAACAUUCACAAUAUUCAGCAGCAUUUGAAUGGAGGCCUGGAUACAGACAUUUCAACAUUCUCGGAAAUUCUUGCUCAUUACCAGCUAAUCACAUUCAGGAAGUCAAAGUCAGGACUGAUCAGGACCGGCAGGGAGUGGCAAAUGCUGGAGGGGUCCAGCUAGACCACACGGGAGAAAUCUGUUCCAACGUCAGGCUUAUUACCUUCUCAGCCUGACCUCCUGAAGAAUCUCCUCACUUCAAAAAAAGAAAAAGAUGCCCAUACGGUAACAUGCCCACGGCAGCCAGGUCCAGAAGUGGGCUGCAGCCCAGUGGAGGUACAGAAUGGAAGAUCCAUGUCCCUGGUUAGAGGUUGAGUGGUAGGCAGGCACUAAUGUGGGGCCAGCACCUUCCCUGUUGUCCAGUUAGUAACAGUUUUUGUACUUUUCAUAUGAAGAUUUCCUUUUGCAAAAUGACAGUACCUUGAAAAAACAAAGUCAUUUAAAAAGCAAGGCAAAUGGUAUAAGACACAAAUACAUGAGUACAAUGGUUACGAGUGACACUAGUAUUUUGGUCCAUACUUCAUAUUGGCAUAUACUACCAAUGUAAGGCUGCCAUCCACUUAAAUGAUAAAAAGAGUAUAUAUAUGAGAAACAUUUUUCAAACCAUUUUCCCUUUGUGAGUGACCGCUCAUCUUCUCAUGCAUCCCCGAUAACCAAGGGAAAAAAGAAUCAUAAAUAUCAAGGUCAGAUUCUCAAUCUAACUUUUAAGCCAACCUGCAAUUCCUGACACUUCCAAGUCAAAUAUUCUUGCAAAGGUAAACAUUUUGAGGUAUCUAUUUUUAAUGAGAUGGUACCAUGAUUAAUUUCCACCUUUACCAUCUUUAAAAAAAUUUUUUUUUCCUGCAAACUCAUGAAACUUCAUCUUUUUCCAAAACCAAACUUAGUAGCCUCUAGAUGGAAAAAGUCCAGAAAGCAACUCACUUGAUAUGAUGGAAGACAACAAAGGCAUGUGGUGAUAGACUCUUCUUUAUCCAAGCGAAGGCAGCAAUAUGCGGGCAGGUCACUGGUGAGGGGUUAGGCAAGUCCGGUAAUAAACAAGACUCAUAGAAUCAUAGAAUCACAGGACUGGAAGGGACCUUAAGAAUGAUGAUUCAAUUCAUCCCUUACUCAAGCCUUUCAUCUCCCUUUCAACAUGGCUGGCAAAGGCUACAUACUCUUUGUUAAAAAAAAAAAAAAAAAA